AUGGGGCGGGCCGCGAAGCGGCGCCGAGGCGCUCGGCCGACGGAGCUCGACCGCCUCGGGAUGUCCCCGCUGGUGUUCAAGACUGGCUGUGCGUGGUGGGGUGGCUUGGGGGCCCAGCGGACGAUCGGUGCGCGAUGCCGGGUCGACGGUGUUGACCACGAACGGCUUGAUCUGCGCCCCUGGUCGGCGGGCGAGGAUCGUUGGUAUGUCUUCACCCCCGACCUCGAUGUGUAUGUUGAGGCCGUGUCGGUCGCGCCCGACGCCGCCAUCAUCCCGGCCUGCCGCCGCGGGUUCGCCAUGGGCUAUGGCGACGACCUCUCGCUGGGCGACGAGGUCGGCAGUUGUGGUCAGCGUUCCUUGCGAGCUGGGCCCGACGACCUACUCCCGCUGAACGGCACCGACGGCGUCCACUGCUGGUGGCAGGGGCCCGACAGUGUCCUGGGCAUCGUCAGGAGCGAGCUGCGGCGCUGGGGGGCGGGCGCAGGUGACGCCGUAGGCGGCACCGCCACCCCGCCGACGACCGCUCUUGCCGCCGGAGCCUUGGGGGCCGCGGCGACCCGGGCCGAGCGCGGGCGACUGGGCCCUUCGGGCGGGCCGCGACGGGAGACGCUGGGCCUGGAGACCGACGAGACGGUCGUCCAGAAGGGCGGCGACCCCGCCGCGGACACCCGCACCAUGUGGGUCGGCUAUGGCAACCACGCGGAUAUUUUCGAGUCGCGGCGGGGCGUGAUUCGGAAGAGCAUGCGGGGGCGGAAGGAACGCAAGAUGGAGUACCACGAGUUGAAGAUCCUGUGCGUCUCCUUCUACUUCGGGAAA